CAAUAAAAUACCGCGACGCAAGUCUCUUUUAUACAAGCGGCUUCUUUCAUUCACAUAUCACGUUUUCUAGAGAGAGAGAGAUGGGAAUCGGAGGAACGACGUCGUUGGAGGAAGUAAUAGAAAAGGCCGGAGGGUGCGCGGUGGUGGACGGUGGAUUCGCGACGCAGCUGGAGAGGCACGGUGCCGACAUCAAUGACCCUCUCUGGAGCGCUCUCUGCCUCAUCAAAGACCCUCAUCUCAUCAAACUGGUGCACAUGGAGUACCUGCAGGCCGGCGCUGACGUUUUGGUCACUUCAUCUUACCAGGCCACCAUUCCUGGAUUUCUGUCCAGGGGGCUGUCCAUUGAAGAAGGAGUCAAGAGCGUCACAUUGGCGGUAGAAGCUCGCGAUAGCUUCUGGGAUUCCAUGAAAGCAACCCCCGGGCAUGGCUAUAACAGGGCUUUGGUUGCAGCGUCCAUUGGAAGCUAUGGAGCUUAUCUUGCUGAUGGUUCAGAAUACAGUGGAUGUUAUGGACCAGAGGUUGGUUUGGAUAAGAUGAAGGAUUUCCACAGGCGAAGACUGCAAAUCCUUGUGGAAGCCGGUGCGGAUUUACUCGCAUUUGAGACCAUUCCUAAUAAGUUAGAGGCACAGGCUUGUAUAGAGUUGCUUGAAGAAGAAAAGGUGCAAAUACCAUCUUGGAUUUGCUUUAGCUCUGUAGAUGGUGAGAAUGCCCCUUCAGGAGAGAGUUUCAAGGACUGCCUUGACAUUAUAAACAAAAGUGACAGAGUGAAUGCAGUCGGAAUAAACUGCGCACCUCCUCAUUUCAUUGAGGCUCUCAUCAGAAAAUUCAGUGAGUUUACAGAUAAAGCUAUAGUUGUCUACCCAAAUAGUGGUGAAGUCUGGGAUGGCAGAGCCAAGAGAUGGCUACCAUCGAAGUGUUUCAAUGACGACAAAUUUGAAUCUUUCGCAACAAGAUGGCGUGACCACGGAGCUAAACUGAUUGGAGGGUGCUGUCGGACAACACCUUCUACCAUUCAAGCCAUUUCAAAGGCAUUGAAAGAAAGGUCUUAAUAUAAGGCUUCAGUCAUUGCCAAUCUGAAGAGACACUACUUAUUUCCUUUGUCACAACAAUAGCUACUACGCAUAAUUUACAGCUAUCACACAGGAUUGCUAUAGAGAAGAUUCAACGAGGUUUCAAGUCAAGUGCAACGUUCUUUUGCAGAUUACCAAAUUUAACACAGGUUCACCUGUCCCCUCCCUUACUAGCCGAAACACAAGAUUAAUUGACCUUUUGAAAAGAAUAAUGAAAGUUUAUUUAUUUCUUUUUGAAAGUGGUUUAUUUAUUUAUUUAAAUCCAAGGAGUUGACACAUCAAGGAAAAUGUACUCCUGUCUUGUUUGCUUAUCUGCCUUGGGUAUACUUUCUGUUUAGAUUCAUUAAAGCAAUAAAUGCAUUAAAACUUGUAGAAA